AAUACUAAGUAUGCUGUUUCAGAAGGUUAUAACACCGUCUGAAGUCUUAACAUGGUUAUUAGAUCGCGAUUUUAAAGAUGAUUGUUUUUUAAAUAAUUUACAAGAUCUCAGAGGUUUGCGUUUGGAGUUUUUGCCGUUUUUCUUGAACUACAUUCGAGAAGAGUGUUUGUGGAUCACCCAGAGCACGUCUCGAGCUGGUCAAACUCCUAUCAAGACAGUACAAAAAUCCGAAUUUAGCCGCGAACAGACACACUGUGUGAAAGAAAACAAAUAUAGUAAGGUUAUGGUAUGUAACUCAAAACCGAAAGGUGAUAUCAAGCAGAUUGUGAAUUCAACUAAAAUUAAACAACAUUCAAACAAGAAGGGACAUUUGAAAUCGCACAGAGAAUUGAAGUUUUCUCCAGGUAUUACGUGCGCUAAGCCUACUACCACUACUAUCGUAAAUUGUUAUAGCACAGCAGUUACUGGACUAUGUAAUUUAUCUAUAAAUGAAAACAAUUCCAAUAACGUCACUUCAGCUGUUAAUGAACAAAAAACUCAGUCAAGUCAGAUAUGUAAAGAACAUGCUGUGGUUACCAAAUAUGACACAGGAUUAUCACAAGAAAGCUGUAAAAAUACCAGAAAGAUGCAUUUACGUUCAUUUUCUGACACAAAUGAUUUCCCUCAUCAAGACUUCAGCUUUUCGAAGGAUAGCAAAUCUAUGCACUUGUUGCAGAACUUUAACAACAGCAGCAAUGUGGGUUUUGAAGAACCUUUACAUCACUAUGUCAGUGCCAAAUCUCAACAUAACGUAUCUGGUCAUCAUGGUCGAAGGGGUGGAAGAAAUAGGGAGAGAAAUUCAAAUAUUCCUAAAGCAGAAAAGAACCCACCCCCAAAUGUCAAUGAUAUGGAAGCAUUCCCACCAAUGGGUACUCAUAGUGCCAUAAAGAAUACACCUCGUAGAAUAACAGCUAUUCAGCUAACGAACCGGUCAUCUACACCAGUAACUGGUUUUGCUUCGCCCUUUAGCAUCAAUUCUUCUUCUGUAAUCCAAACUCCAAGUAGUGUAUUCAGUGACACACCGUUGAAAGAUGAACAAGAGCUAGGAUUUGAAAAAGAACGCCAGCUUUUAAGAAAGGUGCGAAAUCAGUGCUCGAUCAAUCAUACAGAUUCAUGGUUAAAUUUAGAUCAGAAUAAUCAGGGUCUAGUAAAAGGUGAGUUAAAAUUUUUAUUGUCAAAUUCAACAAAAAGUGUAUCACCACAGCAAGAGUUUUUAACACCACAGUUAGACAUGGUCACACAUAGAGAGGAGAUUUUAGUAAUGGUACAGCUGUAUUCUGGUUGUUUGCAUGAAAAUCUUCUACCAAAUGUAACAGUUGAGUUGCAUUUCCUGUUUCAGUUGCUUGCUGCACGAUUAAAGCAGUCAUGUAAUGGACAGUCAGAGGUUAUGCACAAAGAAGACUUAUUUGGCACUGUACACAAUUGUGUAUUCUUUGCUGUUAAUAUUUUGGAAAAUCAAAUACCAUUGUUGAGGCUGCUUGAUCGUGCAACUUUGAAAUUACUAGCAGAUAAUCCAAAUGUCCAGAAUUUUUCUUCAAAGUUAUUAGACAAAUUACACCAUCUUUACGAAGAAGUGAGUCCGUCCAUAAAGCCUCGUGUAUCUUCUAUACAGGGAGUAUCCUUUCAAGCAGAAACAGAUAACCGUAAGAAUUUUCCCAGUGACCGUUCAUUCCACGUGUUUCGAAAACAGAGAGAUCUCUUUUAUGAGCUUUUACGAGAUUGGGAAGUUCACCACUUAACACCAGGUUGGACAGAACAUGAAAAAUUUCAAUUGAGAGUUCAUCAGAUAGUAAACCUUAACCCUAAUCCAGCUAAUUAUGCACAUCUUGCUAGAUUAAUUCACUCUCAGUUGCUUACAACCUGUUUUGGAGAUGUUGACUGGAAAGAAGAAGAUAGCACAGAAGAUUUGCUUGCUUCUUUAAAACGAGCUUUCCCAAAAAAAUUUGAAAAACUGCAAGAAAGAUUUACAGCCCCUUCCCAAGUUGGAGGACCUUGUCCAAAUCCAAGUUUUCCUGAUGCACAAGGGUUUUUCCAUGAUUUUUUAGUGGCUGCUGCAUCUGCACCCCUUAAUCAACAUUUGCUGGACCAACUAGCAUCUAAGAUAUACGAGGUAAACAGACUAGAAAUUAUUCCUACAGAUUCAGAAACUGGGGUUGAUCUAGAAAUCCGAGAACAGUUUUUCACUGCAUUACACACACUACGUUUACUUGGAAAAUUUAUGGGUUUUAUUACUUUUUUCCCCUAUAGAACUUUAGAUUGUCUUCCUGGAGACUUGUUAGUGAGCCAGCAAAGCAUGAGAAACAAAGCAUCUCCACAGAUUAACUUAUUUACAGUUGUUGAAGAAGCUUACCUGAAAAGACGUCUUGUAUUAACUGUGCCUUGGAUUGUUGAGUUCUUAAGUAUGAUGGAUCCAGUUGCUCCUAAGCUAGACAGCUAUAAGUCCACAAUUUCAUUAUUGUUUUGUAUUUAUAGAGGGGUUGUACCAGGUCAAAUGAGCAUCACCUUUAGAAACCACUUGUUCCUGAGGCUUAUGAUUGGUUGGUUGUUUGACACACCUAACUUUCCACAGUCACAAUUCUUCAUUGAGGUUUUAGAUGUUCAUAGACAGAACUGGAUAAGUAAACUUGGGCUGAUUUCAAGUGAGAACAUAUCAAAUGUUGAUGAAGAACUUGAUAGUUUUGAUUUGGUUGAUCAUCAGAUUAUUUACUCUUGCUGUCCAUAUCUAAGUGAACUAAAAGUGCUUUUAGGAACAUUUCUAGCAGGAGUCAGAAGUAAGACAGCUGAAGUAAGAAAAAUAACUCCAAUAUCGGCAAACACCAGAUCAUCAAGUGUAACAGAGAAACAACUUCAGUAUCAGUUGGAAGAAAAUUUUUUUCAUAUUCACUCAGCUUCCAUGAAAAAGACGGUAGAGUUUGUUGGUGAUCGAAUAGCUUCAAAAGCGAUUAAAUCUAUCAAAAAAAAUAUUAUUCCUAAUGAGAGAACCUCUGUGUUAGAAAAACUUAGGAGCUACAAUUUGCCAGCAGAUACUCCUGACAAGUCUAAAAGUUUAACCUAUAAAAACUCUCAAUUAGAUGAGUUGGCUAAACAGUUUUGUGAAGAAACUCAGUCUAAAGCUAUUCAGAUGUGUCAGAAAUACUGUGCAGAAGAAGCUGGUAAAGCUAUUCAAGUACUUUUAUCUGAGGACACUUUAGAGUUGGUGUUGGUAAUGGCUCAGAAGAUAUCCACUAGGAUAGCGGUGGAUAAAGUCAUGCAGUGGGUGAAGGUAAACAUCACAUACACCUACACCAGAAGUGAUCUCAAAGCUGAACAUGACAAACUGCUGAAAUCUCAACUGUCAGAAUACACAAGUUCAAACUUGGAUGAAGAUUCGUCACACCAUUGCAAAGAAUUGCUCGACUUUUUCUCCUCACCAGUUGAUGUUAUUAACCAAAUAAAAGAUGCUGUUAAAAGACUUCUUGUAGGAAAUGGAUGUGGAAAUAGUGACACUGAAGUGCUUAAGUUGAUUAAAGCAGUGAGAUUGACCCUCUUAAAGUGGAAAGAUUUGGUUUCCUCUGCCAAAAAAGCCAUAAUAGUCUUAACUGUUGAUUGGGCUGUUACCUUAAUUACUCAUGCUCCUGAAAUGUGCACAGAGGAAGUACUGGAUAUGUUCGUGCAAUUUUGGAUGGAGGUUCCAGAGUGCACAGCCAUAACAAAUUUGGUGUGUUCUCGUAAUCUGAAGUUGUUAUGUGACUCCAAAGAACCCAGGAAGAGUUGGAAAGGACUAGAAAUAUUAUUAUUGAAACUUUUGAUAUCGGGAAAAAUAACGGGGACACAGCUGGAAGAGAACUGUUUGAAGGUUAUGAAACUUGAAUGGCCUGAAAUUAUCCUAUCAUAUUUUGCUCCGUGUCUCCGUCAAGUGGUCGAGAGCUACAGGAAGCACAAAGGACCCGAAUUAGAAGCAACAUAUUUUGAACUUAUGGAGUGGUUGGCAUGGGUUUGUGAUCCUCUAGAAACAUUAUGACCUCUUGAAGUAUAGAAGAACUGUAUGUUGAUAUUAAGGAACCUCAUUUUUAAGGUAGCUAUUGUGAAUGAUAUAUUUUAUCUUUUUACACUGUAUUUAAUAUCUUCAUGUUGAAUUUUGGAGAUAAAGAGUUCAGGAAAUAUUUUGGAGUCAUCAGUUUUAUUAAAUUAAUGUCAUUACUUCUACAUCAUCUGUGGAAAAAAGUUGAUGUUAUAUUUUUUAUUGAACUCUUUGUGGUUAUUGCAUGUAAGAUAUCCAAAAACUUCUUUAUUGGUAACCUCUGAAGCCUCGCUACUGUAUAUUGCAUGUAAAUUUGACCUGUUUUGUACUUAUAAAAUGUAUUACAAGUCUGUACUUGAGAAAGAAGUGUUUCUAUACCAAGCCUAUCUAGUUACCAAGUCAGCUGUACUUUUUAUUAUAGUUGAAGCAAUGGCCUUAUUAUAAUGGGUUUUUUACAGUUUAAGAAAAUACAGAUGUAAAUAUUAUUAAUUUGUAAUGUUAGUGUAAGCUUACAUUUAUAAUAUGGAAAAUAUAUAGUUCUAAAAAAGGUUUUAAGUAUGGGAUAUUUUGAAUUAAUCUCAUUUGUCCUUUGAAAAAUAUUUUAAGAAUUUGUACUGUAGUUUAUAAACCUUCUUUGUAUUAAUUUGAAUUUCUUCUUUAAUACUUGAACCUAUCUAUUUGUGUGAUUUUAAAAAAGUAUUGAAAAUGUUGUAACUUUCAGUGCUAUUAAUAGUUUAUAAUAUUUUUUAUUUCUGUAACAGUACUUGUAUUUUUCUACAUUGCACGCCAUGUAAACCUGAUAUACAUUGAAUUCUGUAUUAACAUACCAUUUUGGUACAUUCUCUGAAAUUGGUAUACCAUCAUCUUUACAAGUCUUAAGUGUUACACUUGAAUCAAUAUCGAGGGUUUUUAUGUUAGUUGAAUGAUGAUCCCUGAACAAUGGAAGACCAACAAAUAUCACAUCUCCAUUAAUCAUUAGUUUAGGCCUAAGAAUAUUUAAGUCUGAUUUUCAUGUCACAGUGUGUAGACCCGAGAUUUUAAUAAAUGUAAAUGGGAACAAAGUAAACUACGUUAUUAUGAAACAUCUUACAACUUGAAUUUAGGAAAACAUGUUUGUUACAAGAACUUUGUUGCUGGCAUAAGUAACUGCAUUGAGAUUCAUUCUUAGAUAUUUGUAAUAGUAAAGUUAAACUAUUCUCAAUGCACUAGCCAAUACACAAUAAGUUACAUUAGAAAUGCAAUAUAUUAAUUAACCAGAAUGUUUGAACUUUCAUGUUUAAGAUUAGGCUUAACACUAUGAAUGUACUUUUCUUUUUUUAGUUAAUCAACUUACUUAACAAGAAAUUUGUAGAAGAUUUUUAUUUUUUGGAUCAAAGUAGAUAUUAAAAUUUUAAAAUGACAGAUAUUGAAAAUAAAAUAACCAAGGCUAUAAUUAACUUAUUUCAGUGUAUUUAGGAUUUAUUCAAGGUUUUCAGACAUGGGCCCUAUUUUGUGAAGAAUAGCAUACAAAGUGAAACAACUUAAAACAUUCUCAAAAUUUAAAACCUAAACUUUUAUUGAAUAUUUAAUUUCGAAAAUCAUUGUGACAGAAACAUAUCUAUUUUGUAAAGAUAUUUUUCUUUUAAUGUAUAAUUUGUGAAAAGACCAUUUAAUGGUGUUGUUUUUGGCUUAAAUAAAAUAAUAAAUAAGUAUAAAUUCAGAAAUUAGAUUGAUGUUUAAUAUUUUAAAAUUUAUGUUAAAAAUACAUUUUAUGAAGUGUUGAAAAAGUUACCAGUGUAACAAGUGGAGCUGUACAUUUUUUAAUGAAUUAUAUUUGAUAUUCAGAGAAGAAUAAGUAUUUCGAAACUAUGACAGAUGCAAAUAUUAUUUUUACAAAUAUUGGUAAGAAUGUAUUGGAUUAUGAGAUAAAGUACAUUGUACAGGGUGUGUUAGUGUUUUGUAAUGAAUUUUGAAGUUUUUUUUUCUUUAUUGUACAUAUCUGUUAAGAUAUUCGCUGUCUUUUCUUUGAUUUUUCUUGAGCAGGUGAAUAUAUUUUUGCUCGAACACAAUUUUUCAGCUACGUACUUAUAUCAAGCAUAGGUUUCUCAACUUUGUGAACUAUCUUUAACCUGAUGUUGGUGUAUGGUUUUAUAUCUUUUAAAAGUAUUACAUACUCUCUGAUCACUUUAAUGUAUAUAAAAUGAAACAUUACAUAUUUCUAUUUUCUUCCAGAUACUAAUUUUUUACUACUGUUGUCCUAAUAUAUAUUUUUUUUGAAAUUGUAAGCUAAUUUGAAAAAAAUAUAAACACAAUGAAAUCAAACUGUGGGUGUUAAUUUUUAUAUUCUGAAACACAUACGAAAGAAUUUUCAACUAUGUAGCACACCACCACUUAGAAAUAUUGCUGUGCAAAUAUUUAUCCAAGUUCUAAAUGACUGAACAUAUUUGUAACCCAAAACACAAUAGUUUAUGUAAUUUUUAUGUUAAUUUCAGAAUAUGUAAAAUGA